AAAGUCAUACCACUGUAAUCAAUGACCAAAUUAUGCUAUAUGUCCAUAGACACGGAUGCAUGCUUGGCUAAUCCAUGUGACAUGAAUGCUACCUGCAAAGAUAACCCAGCCCCUGCCCAGGACGCGACCUGUACCUGUAACAGUGGAUUAAUGGGAGAUGGACUUGCAAAAUGGCUUGUCGGUGCUUCUGGAUGUUCAGACAUGGACGCCUGUUUGGAUAACCCUUGUCAUACCAAGGCCACCUGCACAGACAAUCUUGCCCCUGCGCUGGACGCGACUUGCACAUGUUACCCUGGCUAUACAGGAGAUGGGCUUGCCAAUGGUCGUGGGUGUUCAGAAUGUACUCCUUGGACUCGCUGGUUUAACCGUGACGAUCCCAGCGGUACCGCUGACAAUGAACUGCUGUCCUACCUUUGGCAGGAGAACCCCGGAGAAAUCUGCUUCGUCCCCUCGGCUAUUCAGGCUCGCGUCCGCGGGACUCACAUACAGGCCUUCCAGACGGGACAGCAGUUCCAUUCAUUUGACGAGGCAGUCGGCUUUCUUUGCCGGAACUCCGACCAAAGCGAUGGGUCCUGCCUGGACUAUGAAGUGCGCUUCUGCUGUGAACCUGGUGUAAAUGUGGCCCUGGGAAAGACAGCGUUUCAAACAAGCUACAGUGGGCCUGGCGGCAGCGUUGCAGUAGACGGGAACACCGCUACCGACUACUUUUCAGGUUCCUGUACACACACUAUACUAGAAGGAGAGGCUAAUCCAGCCUGGUGGGUGGAUCUCGGACAAUCUUAUGUGGUUGACAGAGUGGUCAUCUUCAACCGCCAAGACUGUUGCGCUGAACGACUCAACCCGUUUAACAUCCACAUCGGGGACUCCCCCCAGGUGACCACGAACCCCAGGUGUGGUGGUGACAUUCAGAUCGACGUGAGCCAGCCGGCCAUCUCCGUCUCCUGUCGGGGGAUGAAGGGUCGCUAUGUGGGCGUACGUCUUCCCGGAGCCUCCCGAGUACUGACCCUGUGCGAAGUCCAAAUAUUUCCAUAUUACCCGAUGAUGUUGAAGAAUCUUGGCUGUUGGGAAGAUCAGUAUGACCGGGCUAUCUCGAUGAUGGAGGGUACAGAUCCCCGAUUGGACGGCCACUCGUACUUGCUGCGUACCGACCCUAUCAAGAAAUGCUACCAAGUGGCAAAGGAUCGCGGUUACAAAGUCUUCGCCGUGCAGGAUAGUGGCCAAUGCUUUUCUUCUGCAACAGCUGCAGAUACUUACAGAAAGUACGGUCCUUCAACGCGGUGUACCGAAGGCGAGGGCGGGUUUUGGAGCAACAAUGUGUAUGAAAUCAUCGAUGCAUGAAUCAAUCAAUCAAUGAAGUAGUCACUAAGAUGUUGUAUAGUGAAGAUAAUCUUUAUUUACAACUAAGACAUACAAUCGCAAUUGACGUUUCAUUUGCAGUAUUUUAACCUUGUAUGGGGCAAUAAUGACUUAUAUUAUUCCACACUACAGCCAGAUGUCGCUCCUACCGAUGACGUCUUAUAGUAAAGAAUUGUUAUAUAUGAGGUCCAAAAAGUUGAAUAUUGUCUCAUACAUUAAGGCAAUUAUUGGCCAUAUAUCAAAGACUGUAAUUUCUGCUUUGACGUUUUGUCUUGUAGUUGGUUAUGAGCAAAGAAUUGUUCUAUCUUUUAGGUCAAAAGGUUAAAUAUUGUUACAUACUUUAAGGCAAUUAUUGGCCAUGCACACAAAGACUGUAUUGUCAGCUGUGACGUUUUAUCCUGCAGUUGGUCGUGAAUAAACAAUUGUUCUCCUGUAAUUCUCAAACCUAAUGAAAAUAUUCACCAAAACAACUUGGGUUAAAACUCCAAAGAAUGGAUUUAAAUGUAGACAAUGAAUGAGAUGUUUUGCAUCUUGUGUACAUU